AUGGCUGCCAUUAUUCCAACAAGGAAAGAUAUUAGAGAAGCUAUCUCUGAAGGUCUUAAAUCUUUUCCAGACGUCGAGGAACUGAAGCCUGAGCAGGUUUUAAUCGUUGAGAAUGUUGUCCUUAAAAAGGAUGUGUUUGCAGCUUUGCCCACCGGAUUCGGUAAAAGCCUGACUUUUCAGAUCUUGCCUAGCGUUUGUAAAGCUUUAUUUUACCGGGGAUUUGACAUGCCUUCAUUGCCAGUGGUAAUUGUGGUUUCCCCUUUAAGCUCAAUCGUGAAAGACCAGGUUACAUACUUGAGGUCACACGGCUUUGAAGCUGCCUUCAUUGGAGAAAGUGCUAAACAAGAUAAUGAUAUUUUCGAGGGCAAGAUUAAAUGUCACUUUUUAUAUGGAAGCCCAGAGUCAUUUGUUGGGGACACAAAGUUCCGGGAAAUGUUUUCACAGCAGCAUUACAGGCAGAAUGUUGUGGCCGUUGUCUGUGACGAAGUUCACACUGUUGUACACUGGUAAGAAACUUAAAGCGUUAUUUGUUUCAUAUUUAUUCUUGAAAUCUGCUUAAUGCAAUAAUAAUUAUUGCAUUAGAUUGAGUGAAAUAAUGCUUUUUAGCUGUAAACUGAUGUCAAAAAUUUCUGUUAUUACUAACUCACUGUAAAGAGGAAACAUUCUCUCAUGAGUGACAUGACAGAUGUACAGUAUAGUUGUUAGUCUUCUCUAGUAGGAAAGGUACAGUUUCCUAUAUUUGCAGAAAUUAAUUGCAUUGCAUGUGCUUAAUGUAAGCUCUCAGGUGGUCAAAACGUGACAGUAUAUACAAUACAUUGUAUACUGGAAGCAAGUAUCAGAAAGCUUGCCACAAUGUUACCUCCAUUGUAAUAUUGUCUCUGUGAUGUUUUGCUACCCACUAACUCAAAACCAUGGCCAGUUUCUUUUGAAUCAUGCUCCUUUAACAUAUCCUUUCUGAAGAAAUAUGGACAGUUAUAGUUAAACCCCUAUCAGGAAUUGCUAAAUACUAUGUUGCAGUUGUAUACUGUUUCCGCAUUUCUUACACAAAAUUAUGCACAUUUUCAUGCUUAAUAGUGUUCUUAGAAUUGUUCAAUAUCUUAUGAUUAUACAGUCAUUCUAAAAUAUUUAAACAAGAGCAUUAUUAUAAUUUUUGCUGCUUGCAUGGUAGAUAAGUAAGAUAUAUUAUUUAUGUAGAACAUUGCUCUUUAGCUACAAAUCACUUGUCUGGUCUCUCUAGGGGUGAGAAAAAGGAUGGAAAGGAGCCAUUCAGAAAGUGGUGUGGUCUUGUUGGUGAGAUCAGGUCUUUUUUUCCAAAGCAAGUCCCGUUUUUAGCACUUACAGCCACUGCUUCACCCUUGACCAGAGAUAAAAUCAUUAAAAGUUUGAGUUUAAAGACAUGUCUGGAAAUAUCAGUUAGUCCAAACAGAGAGAACAUCAAGCUGUUUGUUUUGAAGGUUACCAGUGAAAUUUCUGUAAACUUUACAUGGCUUGCCAGGGAGUUAAACGAAAAGAACGUUGCAUGUCAGCGGACAUUAAUAUAUGUCCGAGACUAUAAAACAUGUGGUGAGCUCUACCAAUUUUUCAUGAGCAGUUUGCUUGACAGGGCGUACUACCCAUAUGGUGCUGAAAAGAAGUGUACAAACAGAAUGGUGGCAAUGUAUCACAGUGGCACUUCACCUUCCAUCCAGGAUCACGUAUUACAAUCACUCAAGGAUCCAACUGGUAAGGUGCGAAUUGUGAUUGCAACAAAUGCCCUUGGAAUGGGGGUAGACGUAAAGGGAUUACACCAUGUUAUAAACUAUGGUCCUCCUCCAGACCUAGAAUCAUAUGUUCAAGAAAUGGGAAGAGCUGGUAGAGAUGGUGCAUAUUCAGAGGCAGCACUACUCUUUCAUGGAAGACAACUUCGCAAGUGUAAACCAGAGAUGCUGGAAUACACAAAGUCAAAGUCCUGCAGAAGAAGGCAAAUUCUUGAUUUUUUUAAAGUUACAAGUCAAGGAAGAAGAAUAGAGAAGAAACAUUUAUGCUGUGAUGUCUGUGCUCAAGAUUGUGCUUGUGGACAAGACUGUCCACAAAACGAGGGAACUAUGGUCUCCAAAAUGACUCUUCCAGCAGCUGAUGAUGCUCCAAGGGGCAGAAGUGUAAGUGAAAGUGAUAGAAGAGCCCUAAAGGGUCUAUUAGAGGAGUGUCAGGAAAGCAUGCGUCAGGCAGUGUUACAAUCAAGUCAGCAUUGUUUUUAUUCAAAUAUUGACCAAAUCACUGGCUUUACUGACCGCAUAAUUGAUGAUGCAACCUCAAAGUGUGAUUUUUUGUUUAGUGUUGAUGAUAUUAUUGAACAAAUUCCAGUUCUGAGUGUACAGCAUGCAUUCAAAGUGUAUGAUUGUCUUUGUGAGGUGUUUACAGACCUACAACAAGAAAGUCUGGAGCAGUAG